ACCGCCUAAAAAUUAUCCUUUCGCAGAUAAUCAUUGAUGGCCGCUCAGCUCUCCGGCGUCUGGCUUAACAGCUCCGCCGCCUCGCUCACCGGCGAGUUACUCCACCGCCGGUUUAGCCGUUCUCCGUUGGCGGUGGUCUCCGCCGUUCACCCUUCUACUUUUUCGCCCACAAUCCAGAUUGUUGGUGGAAGAAAUUUGGGCUGGAAUGGAAUGGACAGCUCAAAGCUCAGUAGCACUUUGGAUGUUGAUUCUGAAGAAUUUAACUGGGCAGAAUUAGAACGAGACCUUUAUCACUGGACAAAAGUGUUACGUCCAGUUCAGUGGUAUCCUGGUCACAUUGCGAAAACAGAAAAAGAACUCAAGGUCCAGCUGAAAUUGAUGGAUGUUGUGAUAGAAGUCCGAGAUGCUAGGAUUCCAAUUUCCACCAGCCAUCCGCAGAUGGAUACAUGGUUGGGGAAUAGGAAGAGGAUUGUUGUUUUGAAUCGAGAAGACAUGAUUUCUAAAGCCGACCGAGAUGCUUGGGCUAGUUACUAUGCAAGGCAGGGGACAAAAGUUGUCUUCUCAAACGGACAGUUUGGAUCGGGUACCUUGAAGCUGACUAGGUUAGCAAAGGAAUUGGCAGUUGGAGUUAACAUCAAGCGCAAAUCCAGAGGACUGCUUCCUCGUCCUGUUCGAGCUGGAAUAGUGGGCUAUCCAAAUGUUGGAAAAUCAUCUCUGAUAAACCGGUUGCUCAAGCGUCGGAUGUGUCCUGCCGCCCCAAGACCAGGUGUUACAAGAGAGCUCAAGUGGGUUCGGUUUGGGAACGAUUUGGAAUUGCUGGAUUCUCCUGGCAUAAUCCCAAUGAGGAUCGACGAUCAGUCAGCUGCGGUUAAACUUGCCAUAUGUGAUGACAUUGGAGAGAGGUCUUAUGAUGUUUCUGAAGUCGCAGCCAUCCUUGUACAGACUUUGUCUCGGCUGCCUGAAGUUGGAAACAAAGCUCUUCAAGACCGCUACAAGUUGGAGACAGAUGGUCGAGCUGGUAGAAUUUUUGUACAGAAGCUUGCUCUUCGACUGUUCAAUGGGGAUACUAACCAAGCAUCAUUCCGCAUCUUGUCGGAUUUCCGGAAAGGAAAAUUUGGUUGGGUAGCUUUGGAGAGGCCUCCAAGGUAGAUGAUUAUAUUUUUAAAAGUAAUCUUGGAGCAUGAUUGGAGUAGAAGUUUCUGUAUAUAUAACAUAUUUAUAGCUUGUACUAAAAUUUUGUGGAAAUUUCAUUUUCGGGGUGUAUUGUCUUCGCUUAAAUCGAGUAGUGUAUUUUAUUUUUUGGAUUC